GAUGGAACUGAUCUCUGAUGAGGCUUCAAAUGCACGAAACGUUUGCCUGCAACUAGUGCCGAGAUCACCAGCCUGGAGCUUCGGAGAGUAGGAGAGUGUGGAACCCGCUCUGCUAACCUACGCGGGUCCAAUCUGGUGUGUUGCAAGCCGACCUCGUUCAUUAACCGGGAUCUGCAGUAGAUGCCAGAGAUUGUUCUCAGAGAUAUUCGGAGAUUCUCUUUCCUUCUCUUCGUCACCUCCCGAAUAAGUCGAUUCCUUCGCGGCGCAGUUGGAUGAGUCAAGUCCCAAGGUGGUUGCCAUCUGCUCCAUGUUAGGAGACUUCCCUCACCAUUUAGCUCUCUCGUUUUGCAGCUCCUACCUUCUAGCUCUCCAAUACUUUGUUGGCUUUCCGUCUGCAUGGUCUGUUCGGGUUGGUUGAGAUUUUGCAACGACGCGAAUUGACGAUCAGUUCGUAGCCACCGGGCUCGCUGCUUGUCUAUCUCUGCUGAGGAACGAGUGUGUUUGUCUGAACUGGAUGUGUACUCGGCGCGUAUUUGUUAAACGGGUGCUGCUGUUUUAAAUGAGGGCGUUCUGGUCUGAGAAAAGUGAGAGCUCAAGUGUCUUGUUGGUUUGAAGUUGGAGAAACUCAAGUGGGGGUGGGGGUUCUGUCAGCGCCAAAUAGUUCAAGGCAAGGAGGGAUGGCGUUAUUCGGGACGAAGACGGUUCCCGACGAGGAAGUGGGACUCUUGCAGCCUAGCGUAGGGGAAGCGGGCAACGACAGAGCAAAAAGACCUCUAAGUCUGGCGGCGACAACUAUCACUGCCACGCUCGUUGGCUUUCUCGUGGGAUGCGUAGUCUCAUUGUAUGUUUUUGGUCAGUACGAUUCUGAGACAUCUGCUCUGAAAGCUGUUGUCGGGCGGCAGACGUAUCCGUUGAAUUUUUUGGUGGUGGGUGAUUGGGGUCGAGAAGGCGAGUUCAACCAGACCAUGGUUGCGGAGCAGAUGGGUCGUGUAGGGCGGCAGUUAAAAAUCAAUUUCGUAGUUUCUGUUGGGGACAAUUUCUACCAAGCUGGUUUGAAAGGUCCUAACGACCCGAAAUUCCAAAACUCUUUCUCGAAGGUUUACACAGCAAGAAGCCUGCAAACUCCAUGGUAUUCAGUAUUAGGGAAUCACGAUUACUUGGGAGAUACGUUGUUGCAAAUCGGAGAUGCUCUCACAAAAAAAGACAAUCGAUGGUUUUGUGACCGAUCCUAUCUACUUAAACACAACCUGUGUGGUCCUUCUCACACAGGACAUUGUCACAAGUUCGUGGAGUUCUUCUUCAUAGACACAACUCCUUUCGUUGACAAAUACUGGAGCCCCGAACAGAAAAGGACGUUCGAUUGGAGGGGUAUAGGACAUCGACAAACGUAUCUUGAUACACAACUUGAGAAAUUGAACUCGGGGUUGAGUUCCUCCAGUGCUACGUGGAAGAUUGUUAUAGGUCACCACACGAUACGGAGCCUUGGUCGCCACGGUGACACCCACGAGAUGGUCAAGCAAGUGCUACCAAUCCUGGAGAAACUUAAAGUUGACAUGUACCUCAAUGGCCACGACCAUUGCCUCGAGCACAUCAAACGAGAGGAUAGCACGGUCCAUUUUGUCACCAGCGGAGCAGGGUCCAAGUCAUUCCAGGGCCUUCGGCAAGGCAAACCUGAAGAUGGGCUUCAGUUUGGUUACGACGGACAGGGCUUCAUAUCCGUGUCCAUGGCAGCUCAGGACCUCCGCAUCGAUUUCCACGACGCGCUCGGACACAAACUCCACCAGCUCACGCUUCACAAGUGAAAGAGAGCUGAUCUCAGCCACUGGCUUCCCCUGUAACAUGCUCCUCAGAAAACACCACGCUCAGGCACAUAAUUCUCAUGUCUGCUCUAUGUAUUAUUAUUACACAAUUCAACCGAGCUGUUAGUUUUUCUAGUGAUACUGAAGAGUUAGAGAUCCUCCUCAGCUACGAAAGCAGGUCAGAUCGUUGCAUUCUUUUGAUAGUGAGCCAUGCUCAUGCAUCGAACACUUGUCGAUUCGAACAGAGUUUUGGUUUUCUGUACGGAUGACUCUUGUAUAAAAGACCAUGGAUUCAAUUGACCAAAGGGCUGCCAGUGAAUCUCAUCUUGGUCCCUGUGAAGAUUUCUCUUUUGCAUGA